AUGGCCGCCUCUUCAGAAAUUCUCUCCCAGACCCUCUCCUCCAUCACCUCCAUCAAGCUGGACCAGCUCCAGAAGCAAAGGGAUGCAUACGAGACCGCAAAAGACGCUCUCAUCUCGGCUGCCGACAAGGAGACCGAUGUCCGCAAGCGCGCAAAGACCCUUCUCGACGGCCGCGACAAGCUGCCAUCCAUCAAGGAGGCUAGUAACCCCAUGCUGUCAGCCGCCAACCUCAAGCGGUUUGUGGAGCAGGCGGCAUUUGACCCGUCCGUGUCAGAGGUUCUUCUGCGCGAGUACGAGGAGGCGGUGAAGAAGGAGUUGAACAUGACGAGCAACAAGUACAGAUUUGCCAGCGUGUACGGCCAAAUGGUGAACGAAUGGACCAAGAAGACAGGGGUUGAAGGAGGUGACGGGGUUGCUAAGGAUGACUUCGUCCCCGUUGGAAGGAAAGAGAUGCACGAGCAGAGGAAGACGUGGGAAGAGUUUGUUUUUGCCGCCAAGGAGACGGAUAAGGACGCCAUCAAGCAGUAUCUGGAGGACGUCUUCGUCGGGUCUUCAAAGGACUGCCAGCGUGCUCUGGCAGACCUGAGAAAGAAUUUCAAGGACCUUCAGGACAGCAAGCAUUCGAAUUGGUCACACCCCUUCAACGAGAAGGUGGUCAAGGGAUGCAUCGAGGGCAUCCUGCGGAGCAACAACGUGACGGGUGAGAAGCGCAGCACCCUUCGCGACUUUUCGAACAACUCGGUCGUCCUGCAGGAAAUUGCGGAUGUGCUCAACAUGCGUAUAGAAGCGCGCGCAUCUUGGACCUGGGAGGAGCCUGUGGUGGUCGAGCAGCGUCGGGCUCUGAAUGGGAAGUACAGGUUCUUCGUAGACGAGGACCUACUGCAUUCACUGCUCCUCGAAUACAUUUUCCGCACCUGGGCAACCUUGAUUCGACAACAGUUCAAGCAUCUCGUCGAUUCCAAGGGCGUAUGGAAGCCUGACACGAGACCCAUGUCAAAGCAGGAUGCGAGACGCCGACAGUUUUUCCUGGACGACAAACAAUCCCUCUCCAGUUACGGCAGCGUUGCCGAAAACCGCGAUACUUACUUCAAGGAUGAAAUUCUGCUGGAUCAUCUCCCCCUGGAGAUGUGGGAGAUCCGUGGCGGGUAUGAUGAUUCCUCGGAGGCGGAUGCGGACAAGGAGCAGGAUACGAGAGACGCGCCCCUAAAAGUGGUACAGGGUCUCAUGCACCGGCUUGAAUCCGACAUUCUCGUCCAGAGGCACUUGGGUAAUGAACUAAGUGUCAUCCGAUCCGAUUUCAGAUGGUUCGGGCCUGGACUGCCCCACUCGAGCAUAUUCGCCGUGAUGGAGUUCUUUGGCUUCAACGAGGAGUGGCUUGACUUUUUCAAGCGUGUGCUAGAGGCUCCCAUCAGGUUCAAGGAAGAUCCCACUGACACUGCCUUUGGCGUCCGCAAGCGUGGUGUCCCAAUCAGCAGCACAAUCUCCGACGUUGUGGGCGAGUCCGUGCUGUUCUGCCUAGACUUUGCUGUCAACCAGAAGGCCGAUGGAACUCCCCUCUACCGUCUUCACGACGACAUGUGGCUUUGGGGUACCAUGGAGAAGUGCUCUAAGGCAUGGAAGGUGGUGACGGAGUUUACCGAGGUCCUGGGGCUGAGUCUCAAUGAAGAGAAGACAGGCUCGGCGAUCAUUCUUCCCAAGAACAAGAAGGCGGACUUGGAGUCAGGCAAGGAGGAUACAGCCAAGACCAGCCACAACCUCCCAUCCGGCCCCAUCACCUGGGGUUUCCUCGAACUCAACCCCUCAACGGGCCACUUCGAGAUCGAUGAGGCCAAAGUCGACAAGCAUAUCGACGAGUUGCGCCGCCAGCUCGCCGCUUGCCAGAGUAUGUUCGAUUGGGUGCAAGCCUGGAACAUCUACGGCGACCGCUUUUUCACCAACUUUUUCGGCCGCCCCGCUGCCUGCAACGGCCGCGCCCACGUUGACAGCAUGCUUGCCAUGUUCGCGCGUAUCCAGCAGAAGCUCUUCCCCGACCACGCCGCCGGGGUGGGAGCCUACGUCAAGGACAUGAUCAGCUCGCGCUUCGGCAUCUCGUCCAUCCCCGACGGAUACCUCUUUUUUCCCCACCUCAAUGGGCGGUCUCGGUCUCCGUAA